UUGGAGAUGGAGCGGGAGGGACCAACAUGGUACCUGCCUACCGCGUGGUAUAUAGAUAACCAAGUCGGGAGCGGGUUAUCACCAUUCACCUCUCGCCUUCCCAGGAACUUUGGUGGAACACUCAGCUCCGUUGUGUCAGACAAGCACUUGCCGCUGCUGCCCAUUCCCGCUAGCUCGAUAUCCAAGAAGACUUCAAUAUGGUCAUGUACAAGCCAGGUCAGACUGUCCGCUACAAGCCCGUGGGAGGGCCUGACUCGCACACCUCGGAGAGUGUGGGCAAAGUGAAGGACGUUUUGACCGAGCCCGGUCACCAAGCCGGCCGCAAUGUCAAUGCCAGCCCAGAGAACCCGAGAUAUGAGAUCCAGAACUUGAACACUGGCAAGUCGACCACCAUUUACGAGGCCAACAUCCUGGGACCCGCGCAAUAGAGGGUUAUACCUCUAGAACACUACAAUUGUUUCUUGCGUCUUCACUUUGAAGGAGGCUUCCCCUACAAGGUUGAGGCAGUGCAUACUGACCAGCCUCAACACCGGCCCGCAAAUUCGAACCGGACGAGUCGGGAUGGAAGAUCUACGCCUAAUGUUCCACCUUUUCCAGCAAUUUCUCCUGUUCGGUAGAUGUAUGAACUUGUGUUGAGUACCUGCUCGAUCAUUUACUUGUGGCACAAGGCCCAUUCCUUGGCAACUUCCAUAUCUAGGUACAUAAUCUAAUUACUGCUG